AUGAGUCGCCGUCGCUCAGCCUCGCUCUCGCGCCCAGCGUUCGAGCCACCCGCCGACUUUCGCGGCCCAGACGCUCUCGAUGCGCUCGCUCUUGCCGGUCAAGACGACAGGCCUCGCAGCCGCUCCACCUCGUUCGCGCUCAGGGAUGGCGUCCUCGAAGCUUCAGCGUCGAUACGCGCAGCGUGCGAGGUCGAGGUGCAGGUCGAGCGCACCCGCCCGUUCGUGCGCGUCCCUCGCCCGUCGACUCGUCUCGCGCCUCCUCCCGUCGGUCGACCGGCGCCCAAGCGCAGCAUGACGCGCAUGAUCCCGCUCUCCAUCGACGACCUCGACGACGACAAGGGUCCGGGCGCGAGGAACCCGCUCGAGGACGACACGUUCCGCGAGGGCCUGCGGCUCGCCGGGUACCUGCAAGACCUUGACACGAGCCGCAAGACGAUCAAGGGCCGGUUCGCUCACGCUCUGCAGAAGGAGCAGUUCAAGGAGAACCUCGACGCCUUUCUCGAGGCGCAGGAGGUCAAAGCGCGCGGCGAGUUCAUGAUUCGGUUCCAGGGCCCGCCAGCCGAGGCGCACUCGCCCUACGUCCACCUCUUCGUCACCUCCCUCCCGUCCUCGUCCUCGACCUGCAAGGUCUUUCCCGACUCGGCGACUGGCGCCGACGCAAGCCUGACGACCUGGACCAACCUUCCGGCCUCGGCGUCGGCCGUCUCGGAAUGGGCGGCCAAGGCGCGCAAGUUCUGGCCUGUACGCGUCCAGCUCGAGGGCCCGACCGCGACCGACCUCGUCCCGACGCUCGGCGACGACGACGGCGCAGACCCACGCCUGCGUCGUCGAGUGCGCCGCGACACGUUCCAGCAGGGCGUCGACCUCGACGCCGAGCUCAAGCAGCGCGAGGAGAAGCAGGCGAUCGAGCUGCGCGACAACACGGAGCGCAACGCCCUGCGCGCCGCCGCCUCGCCCGCCCUCACGCUCGACACGACGUCGACGAGCUCUCGUCGGAGCAGCGGCAAGAAGGGUGCGCCCGGCGGCGCCGAGGCUGGCGCCGCGCUCGUGACGCCGACCGACCCGCGUGCGGCGCCGAGCCCGUCGACGCCGACGAGCCCGAGCGUGCUCGCGGCCGUCAAGCUCCUCGGCGAGAGCAUCGUUGCCGAUCCGCGGGUGCAGAGCUUGACGGACACGGUGUCGCGAGGCGCGACGGGCCUGCGCGAGUGGUUCGCGGCGCGUGCGCUGCCGGCGCCGUUCGAGGCCGAGGUCGAGGACGAGGAGGCGCGCGAGCGGCGCAAGAGGGACAAGGAGCGCCGCAGGAGGAAGAGGGAGGAGCGGCGCAAGCGGGAGGAGGAGCAGGAGCCGGACGAGAGCCUCGCGGUCGAGGAGGACGAGAUGCUGAGGGAGAGGGAGGAGCGCAGGAAGCGCAGGGAGGAGCGGCGCCGGCGACGGGCAGCCGAGGAAGAGCAGUGA